AUGCCUGCUCCUCAAUCCCUCCCUUCUUUCUCCGACACUACCGAUUUCGAUAAUGCUUCUCGCGGUUUAGUUGGUGCCGUGGAACCAUGCGUUAUCAAGAACUCAGCGGGUCGCGUUGUCUGGAAUAACGACGAUUAUGACUUCAUGCAAAACAGCGAAUGCCCUGCAACAGCAGACCCCAAGCUCUGGCGCCAAGGACAGCUAUGUUCAAAGCAAGGACUCUUCAAAGUAACCGAAGGCAUCUAUCAAGUGCGAGGCUUUGAUAUAUCCAACGUGACCUUUGUCGAGGGAUCACAAGGCAUCGUCGUCAUCGACCCCCUCACGUCAGUGGAAUGCGCCGCCGCGGCGCUGGAGCUCUAUCGCGCUCACUGCGGUGACCGACAAGUCAAAGCUUUAAUUUACUCUCAUUCACAUGCCGAUCAUUUCGGUGGUGCACGGGGUAUACUCCCCGCCGAUUCAGACCCAGCGAUCCCAAUUAUCGCGCCAGCCGGGUUUAUGGAGGAGGCUACCAGCGAGAACAUCUAUCUUGGAGACGCAAUGCGCCGGAGGGCUGCAUUUAUGUAUGGAAUUUCACUCCCUAAAGCACCUAAUGGACAUAUCGGCUGUGGACUUGGGAUGGCAGUCUCCACUGGGACCACAUCGCUCAUUCCACCGAACGUGACCAUCUAUGAGACGGGUGAGACCCGGGUUAUAGAUGGAGUGCGAAUUGAGUUCCAGAUGGUCCCCGGGACGGAAGCGCCUGCAGAAAUGAAUUUCUUCUUCCCGGAUCAUAACGCUCUGCUCAUCGCAGAGUGCGCCACACAUUGCCUGCACAAUAUUAUCACCCUGCGUGGUGCCCUAGUGCGCGAUGCCAAGGCUUGGGCUGGGUACCUGGAUGAGACGCUUGUUUUGUACGGAGAUAGGUCAGAUGUUCUAUUUGCUAGUCACCAUUGGCCGACGUGGGGCAAGAAACAGCUAAAGACGUUCAUGGAGGAACAACGUGAUCUGUAUGCCUAUCUUCAUGAUCAGACCAUUCGCAUGAUGAACCUUGGGAUGACAGGCACGGAAAUCGCGGAGAAGAUUACUCUUCCUCCUUCUCUUGAAUCUGCAUGGCAUGGUCGCGGAUAUUAUGGCUCAAUCAGCCAUAAUGUCAAAGGCAUUUACCAGCGCUAUAUGGGCUGGUUCGAUGGCGACCCGGUUCAUCUGUGGGAGUAUCCCACCGCCGAGCUCGGUCAGCGAUAUGUUGACUGCAUGGGAGGUAUUGACAGCACCAUUCAAAAAGCUGCGAAGUAUGCAGAGGCCAAGGACCUGCGCUUCGCUGCCACAUUGCUGGGCCACGCAGUCGCUGCACAGCCAAUGCACGGAGCAGCAAGAUUCGCACUAGCAUCGGUGUUUGAGAAACUGGGAUAUGGGUGUGAGAAUGCAACAUGGCGCAAUUUCUAUCUGACUGGGGCAAUGGGUCUGCGGUCAUCGAGCACCCCGGGCCCUAAAGCGCAGCCGCCGAAUGAAGUCAGUCUGACUCUCCCAACGGAACAGUUGUUGACGCUUUUAUCCGUUCGGUUGGAUGGUCUGCGAGCAGCGAAGGAGUCUUUCGUCAUGGAUCUGCGCCUUACUGAUGAAAAAACAUGGUUCCGCUUAAUUCUAAAAAAUGGUGUCCUGACAGUCCGCAAGACUACAGAGAAUAACGGUUUUGCUGAUGAUACUGCUGGCCUCAUGAUGACUCUCAGAAAAGCCGAUUUCGUGGCCAUUCUCAAUGGACAAGCUAGUGUCUCUGGGGAGCCAGUCGGUGAUGUUGAGAUCAUGGCUAAGUUGGCGGCCCUGACGAGACCACCGAAGAAAGCUGCUAGUUCUUUGUAA